AUGCGGGACUCUACUACCAUCGUCGACUCUUCCCUCGCAGACGACACGGCCAGCGAAACAAAGAGCAAAUGGACUGCCAAAUCACUUCUUCGUCGAGCCGAGCGCUCGCAUAGUCGGCUGCCGGGGAUCCGCAAGAUUCCUCUGCCGGCGAUUGCAAUCAUCCUGUUCGUUGCGUUCAUGAACAUUAUUGUGUGGAUUGCUGCUGCCAUUGUGUUGAGAUACUAUCCCUCACUAGUCUCGAAUGCGGUCCUGGCUUAUACAUUGGGGCUGCGCCAUGCGUUUGACGCCGACCAUAUAUCGGCGAUUGACUUGAUGACCCGAAGAUUACUGGCAACCGGCCAGCAGCCCGUCACCGUUGGAACAUUCUUUUCCCUAGGGCACUCAACCAUUGUCAUCAUCACCUCCAUCGUCGUAGCGGCUACCGCUGCGGCGGUGUCGUCGCGCUUCGACAGCUUCAGCACCGUCGGCGGGAUCAUCGGGACCUCGGUCAGCGCCGCGUUCCUGAUCCUGCUGGGACUGAUGAAUUUCUACAUUCUGUACAAGCUCUACAAGCAGAUGCAGAAGGUGUUAAAUCUGCCUGAAGGGCAGGAGGAUGAGGCGUGGAAGAUUGAGGGUGGGGGCGUGUUGUUCAAUGUGCUCAAACGCAUGUUCAAAUUGAUCAAUCGUCCUUGGAAGAUGUACCCAUUAGGUGUCCUCUUCGGUCUUGGGUUCGACACCUCCUCCGAGAUAGCCCUGCUUGGAAUCUCGUCGGUAGAGGCCGCUCGCGGGACGGACUUUUGGGUCAUUCUGAUCUUUCCCAUUCUUUUCACCGCUGGAAUGUGUCUUCUGGACACAACCGACGGAGCCCUGAUGCUCUCGCUCUACAUCCAACCCGCCGCCAACUUCCUCCCUCCCAAACGCGACAGCACCUCGUCCGAGACGCCCCUGAUCAUCGGCGAGGACCACGAGAUUCAACCGUCCCAGAACCACCGCGACCCCGUCGCCUUCCUGUACUACUCCAUCGUGCUCACUCUCCUGACAGUCGUCGUCGCCAUCGUCAUCGGUGUCAUCCAGCUCCUCACCCUUGUUCUGAACGUCGCCGAGCCCACAGGUAGAUUCUGGGACGGCGUGCAGACAGCAGGGGACUACUACGACGUCAUUGGCGGAGGAAUCUGCGGAUGCUUUCUCAUCUUUGGUGGUCUUAGCGUGGUGCUCUACAAGCCCUGGCGGAGGUGGAUCGCGAAACGCCAUGGGAAGAGCGCUGGGGCGGAUGAAGAAGGUUCUCGGGAGGAGCUGCCUCCGGCUGACGGCGAAAGGGCCGUUCUGAAUGAGGAGAGCAAUACCUCUACCAUUAGUUACGGGGCUGUAGGCAAAGGCGCGACAUCGCAGGUGGUGGAGCAGCCGGUUGAUGGACCGGCUUCGUAA